CUCGAUAGGGGCAGUUCUACGGGAAGCUGCGGUGCUGUUGGCGGUAGUGAGCAUUAGCGUGUUAGCUGCAGUUGUGUUUCAGUCGCAUUUCUUGCAGCGGGAAUGGAGACACAUGGAGCCGGCGGGGAUAGGCCCGCGGACGAGAAAGACAAUAAGCAGGAGGAAGGCGGGGCUGCCGGGGGUUCGAGUCUUGGGGCUACAGGUGACCGUAGCGGAACAGUUGAAUCUACAGAACAGAUCCUAGAAACCGGAGAGCUUCUGCUAAAUGGGUUCAUCUCUGACCGGCUGCAAAACAACCCUGAUGUAGCCUGUGCAACCUCUCUAUUCCCUGGCUUAUCCCAACAGACUGACCCAUCUAUAAAGCGGCUUAGUGAGUGUCUAAGGAAAAUAGGCGAUGAGCUGGAUGCAAACAUAGAGCUACAGAGGAGAAUUGAUAGUGUACCCUGCACAUCACCCAAGCAGGUAUUUUUUCGUGUGGCCAAGGAGCUGUUUGCAGAUGGGAUCUUUAACUGGGGAAGAGUUGUUACCCUGUUCUACUUUGCCUGGAAACUUGUUGUAAAGGCUCUUUGCACAAACGUUCCUGAGAUGAUACGCACCAUUAUUGACUGGACCAUGGAUUACCUGCGGCAGUAUGUUGUCCAGUGGAUACGGGAUCAAGGAGGCUGGGAAGGCAUGCUGUCCUACUUUGGCACCCCUACUUGGCAAACCAUUUGUGUGUUCUUAGCUGGUGUCUUCACUGCCUCUUUUGUCAUCUGGAGGAUGUCUUAAUAUAUUCUGAUAGAUGCAGCGUUUUUAUACCGGAAGUACAUGGCAAAUUGGGAUUCACCUCUGUGCUGACAAACUGGUGCUUCCAUUUAACAUGCUCCAAGAGAACAUUACUGCAGCGCCCUGGGGCUAAGAACUUCAGACAUCCUUUAAUUCGGGGAUCAUGUUUGAUUUUUUUUUUUUUCCUGUGCCUUUUUUUUUUUUUUUUUUUAAUUGACUUUUUAAACUGAUGUUUGAUCUAAUACUUGAACUUCUCCUCUGCCCAACCUUGUGGGGCGAAAACCAUAGAAUGUGCAUGGGUGACAGAGGAAUGCAGAGCUGUGUAUUGGUGCACACCUGCUUGCAGAUGAGUAUUAGAUGUCAGCUAGGAAGUAAGAGGAAUGUCCAUUUUUGCAUAAUUUGCACCCUGAAGUUUCCAAUUUCCGUUAUUUACAGAGUGAAAAGGCUUCUCUCAGGGCUGGGAAAACCACAUUGUGUGUUAAUCACGAGCACAAACGGCACUUUUCAGGGGUGGUCUUUGGACAUUUUUCAUAUUUCAAUCAAUUGGUCUUGGAGCUCACUGAGGAAAUGUUUGCUUUUAGGAGCCCUCUUUAUGCCUGUGAUUGCUUUGCAUUAAUCGAGUUCCCUGAGAGUAGUUCACUCAACGAGAUAUUAGGCAGUUUGGAUUUAUUGAUGCUCUUAACAUAAAAUUUAUAUAGAAGAUUUUAGUAGAAGUCUGAACCUGAGAUGUUUAACUACAACUAUCUACAUCCUCGGACAGCAAAAACAAGUUACUGCUUUAUAUGUAGUUAUCUGCUUUUUUUUUUUAGUCACACAUUUGCCUUCCCGGUUCAAUAGAACGUGAAUACCUCAUACCAGUUUGCUGUUGGCAGUUUUAGGCUCAGCACCAGUGAUUAUUUUACCUUGCAUUUGCUGUACAGUACAUUUGUGUGUCAACCUAGGAUUUCACUUGGCCUUGAGGGUCUCUUUCUAUACCAGUCAGACCCACAGGGCACAAUGAGAUGAAUUAAGGCAUAAAAAUGCACAGCAAAGCUGAAAUGUCUAGUGGUACAGAUGAGUGUCCGUUUGUGUGUCCGACAGUUAGAUGGCAAACUUGGGUGAUGUACUUUUUAUAGCAGAACAAUGAAAAAAAUGCUCAAUCUGGUUCUGUUCACUAUCUACAUGUAUAUGUGAACACCGCUGCAAAAAGCACUCUAUAUUUAUAUAUAACGCCUUGCUAUUUGGUGCAGAUUUCAAACAUGCGGUUAAUUCUACAACACUUUGAAUUAAACUGCUCACCCGGAUUUCACGAUGACCCGGGUGUAAAAACCCCGGUCCUGUUCUUGGGUUUACAGAUGCUUCAAACCGUGUGUAAGGGUAGUAUAAUAGAAGGCACUUACCAUAUAAAACGAGUGGUUCGGGUGCAUCGCCCUGAACCCGUACCUGAGGGUGAAUCACAAGCAGAAGAAACAAUCGAUGAGCACUCCGUGUUCACUCAUAGGUUAAAAGAAUGAACUUUUAUUUCAGCUUGUUAAAAACAUCACUUUCCUGACGCCUUUGGUAUCAACGAUAUGUAACAACUACGUAACGUUGAUACGAAACAUUACGCAUCAGGAAAGCUGAAACAAAAGUUCAUUACUUUUAACGUACGAGUAAACACGGAGUGCUCGUCGAUUGGUACUUUUUAUAGCUCCAGGGAAUUUGGAAGUGAACCACAUCCAAAUACGGUUAUUGUCCAUCCAGGAAUAACAUGCACGUGCACUGUGAUUUAAUUUCUGCCACAAUACUAUAAUGGCAGCAAAGAGUAGCCAGAUCCAACAUACUUAAGGGUUUUUCAAUUCAUGACACUUUUCAGCAUAAAAACUUAAGACCGGUAGAUGGAUCAUUUUAAAAACCAGGAAAGCGGUAGUCAUUGUGGGUACCAGAUUGUUAGGCACCCCCCAGCGACACUGAUCACUUGCCAGUUCACUAGUUUUCUUAAGGGCAAACUGCCAUCGCCUUAACUGGGUAUUGUGUAACAAAUUGAACCCCCCCCCCUUUGAAACUCAGGCUUUCCUUGUGCUUUGAAAACUCCUCUUGCUUUCAACUAAGGGAAGAACAGACUUCAAAGUUAUUGUAACUCAUUAAUAAACGGUAUCUAUGGAAAUGCACCAACAAGCAUUUAGACCUUUAAAACUGUAAAGGCUAUAUUAUCUAUAAACUGUUAUGUCCAAACCUGUUGACAAAUAUUUAAAGGGGAAGUUUAGUUAUUACUGCUUGAGUGGUGUAUUCCGAGAAACUUUGCAAUGGCUCUUAAUUUUUUUUGAAUUGUGGGCCUGGUUAUUAUGCAGCUCACCAGCCUAACUUUCAACGUAUGCUCUGGUUGCUAGGGUCAGUGAUUGUAAGACUAGACUUUUUUUUAUCCUUUAUAUUCUAUCACAGUUUCCUGCUAUUACAGUCCAGUUUCCCUUGUAACCAGAUUGCAAUUUAAAUUCCAUACUGGAAAACUGCAGAAAUUUCAGAUUUAGAAACCUCAAUAUUUAAAAAAAAAAAAAAAAAUUGCCUAAGAUUAACACUGUCAACCUCAUUGUAAAUGUCAAUUUUACCUUUUCGUUGAAACCCCACUUUUUUUUAAAGAAUACUUUGAUUAUUGACAAAUAACUAGGCUGUGAAAGUCCAUGCCCUAAAGCAGUUAAAGUACUGCUUCUACCUUGACUCUAGCACCCUACUUGGGAUUUAGGGAUACAGGUAUGGGAUCCAUUAUCCAGAAAGCUCCACAUUACAGGAAGACCAUCUUCCAUUAAUCCAGAUUUUAAAAAAAUUUCCCUUUACUCUGUAAUAAAAAAACAGUACCUUAUAAUUGAUCCCAACUAAGAUAUAAUUAAUCCUUAUUGGAAGCAAAACCAGUCUAUUGGAUUUAUUUAAUGUUUACGUGAUUUUCUAGUAGACGUAAGGUAUGAUGAUCCAAAUUACAGAAAGAUCCCUUAUCCAGACAAACCCAGGUCCCGAGCAUUCUGGAUAACCGGUCCCAUACCUGUACUGCAUCCCAGAUUAGAGGCGAUUUUUACGUUUGUGUUAUUUUUAACUUAAUAUUUGCUAGUGAUAGUUUAACUUAUUUUUUUUUUCUUUUAAGGGAAACUCCGAUAUCCUUUUGUUUAUGUCUUUAAAUCUGUAAGCUCUAGGGGCAAAGCAGGGAUAAAGGACUUCAGAAAUAUAUUGUGAAAAUGAGAUUUAGGACAGUAGUCUAUGAAAAAAAACAUGUUCUGGAUUAAUUUACUGUGAUGCAGAGUUGAGAAUUGCCCCAGGUUUUCUAAACUCAUCUUUAUAGAAUGCAUUUUUGAUAUGGCUCUAGUGUAGCCCUUAGAGCUUACGCCGCUUACAAUGUGCAUUAUUACAAGUGUUUUUAUUUUGGGGGGUAUUGUAUAUGUAUUAAAGCUAGCACCUGUGAAAGGGGGCAUUGCCUAAUGCUUCACACUGAGCACAAGUGAUGAUCAUUUCCCUUACAAAAAAAAAAAAACUCUGAACAUAAGAAUUUGAUGGGCGUUUCAGUGCAAUGAUAGACUUACUGGGGAAAUACUUGAUACCACUAUACCUCAGCUACAAAACUCUGCAGCUUUUUCUUCUAAAAUGUUCCGACAAAGAGUAGUUUUGUAUUCAUAUCUCGCUCUUCAGGAUCUCUUGUUAGGAAUGUGGUAUGUUAAAUGCAGCAUUUACCUUUUUUUUUUAUGUACUUUUAGACCGAUAAACUUGGAAUUAGACAAUCGUUCAUUGACCACUUUAUAUGUCCCUAGACAGAGGGUAUUUUUUUCUAAAGCCGCAUAAUUUACUAUAAAACCCAAUGGUUUAUAGGAUCUGUUCCUUGUAUGGUAGAAAAACAAAAUUGAUAUCCUUGGCAAAAAUAUGUUGUAUGGCCUUUCUUUUGGCUUAAAGGGGUGGUUCACCUUUAACGUAAACUUUUAGUAUGAUAUAGAAUGACCAGUUCUAAACAACUUUUCAAUUGGUCUUCAUUAUUAUUAUUACUUUUUUUUAUAGUUAAAGCUGCUGAAUAAAAAGCUAAAUAACUCGGAACCCUUAAAUAAUAAAAAAUGAAAACCACUCUACAUCAUACUAAAAGUUAUCUCAAAGAUGAACAACCCCUUUAAAGCGGAGUACACUUUUAAAUAUGGCCAGGCAGUUUUUAUUUUUUUUAAAUCUGUCUGCCUGUCUGUGGGUCCAAAUGACUGUACUAGUUGCUACGUUUAGCUUGCUAGAAGUAGGCAUCAUAGUUACCUUUAGAAGGCUAUGGUGCACAAGGCAUUUGGAUGUAAUAAUUAUAGGUAUGGGAAUUGUCAGUGAGAGUAGACCUGCAGCCAAUGAUGGAAGCUGUAAUGGCCUAAUGUGCCAUAGAUUCAAGUAGAAGCUCUGCUCGCACACCCUGGCCUACGUGUUGAUUGCCUGGUGCACGGUGAUGGAGGGAUCGGCACCCUCCUACUGGAAGUAGAUACUGGAAUCACUGGCACUCGAAAGGCAGGGACAAGCCCUUGCAUAUUUAUUAGCAGAAAAUGCAAUGUUUCAGGAUUAGACCACUUUAACAAGCAUGCUUGAUAAAGGGGUCUAACCCUGAAACGUUGCAUUUUCUGAUAAAUACGCAAGGGCUUGCACCUGCCUUUCGAGUGCCAGUGAUUCCAGUAUCUGUGUCAUAGCUCAUAGACUGCUGGCCAUACAGAGCACAGUGAACUUUUUUUUUUAAUAGCCUCUGUUAAAGGACAUGUAAACCCUCCUUACGAAAAUUUAUAGUGAACCGCCUCUUUGAAAUCUUUAGAGAACUGCCACUCUAGUUGUUAAAAGGUUACCUAAUAUUAUGGCUGCAGCAUCCCCUUAAUCACUUAGAAUUCCUUCUCCUCCUCCAACCCACUCAGUCCCCUCCUUAAGGAAUUUGCUUUGGCUGUUGACUUAUGAGCAUGCUCAGUUCUUCUCAGAUUACUAAACAUACCCUCCAGUCUAACAGCCAAUGAAGAGAUAGCAUUACUGGUUCCCAUAGAAACUUGCUGUCUGAUCCUAUUUCUUUCUCAUAACCACCUCUCCUGAGCUUAACCAUUAUAGUGCUGAACCACAGCAGAACUUUUUGUUUAUUGUGUCUGUGUAACCCUGUAUUCUGCUUUGCAUUAACUUUAUAGCAUACAUGUCCUGUUUACUGAUGAAAAUGGCCGCCAGUUGAAAGCUGCUAUUUAGGAAAAUGUGAUGGCGCUGGCAAAUGGAGGGGGUAUAUGCAGUACAAAUACCAUUGUAGGAAAAUGUAGGUUUUACAUGUCCUUUAAUAUCUCUCAUUACGUCUUGGGUUGCUCUAGUUAUUAGUUUGGCUGAAUAAUGCACAGACAACUGAGGCGGAGAUUGAAGAUAUACCUUUUCUUCUAGAGGCUGUGUAACCAUUGAGGUAUAUUAAAUAUUCAGACUCAUACUUUGUACCUAUGGAGCUGGCACUCCAAUGACCUAUCAACUCAGUGAGAGUCAAUCGGUGUCUAACAGUUGGGUGUUUUUGACUUAUGCUGGUUAAAAGACCCCAGUGUGCCAUAGUCUUUAUGUUUUUUUUCUUCCUACAAGAGUAUUCAUUUCCUUGACUUGCAAUUGAGGAUUAUCAAGCCUGUUUCUAACUCUUACCUCUGUCUCUCACCAUAGAGAGAUCUCCUCUGUGUAACUGGUGCUUUGUGCUUAAAUCAUUGCAUUGACACUGCAAAGUGUUGGGUGUGUUCUAUGCAAAUCUAACAGUUUAUAUUCAGUAACUGUAUUACAUUUUGGAUGGUGAAGCCAAGAUUUUUUUUUUUAAUGUGUAAUCCAACUGAAAUAAAAAAGCUCUUGGUACCAACACA